UUCCUCCUAUCCCCUUCCCCUUCUUCUCCCCCCCGCCGUCCCCCGCGGGCCGGGCCGGGCCGGGCGGGGCCGGGCGGAGUCUGUCUCUCCCGGCGGGAUCUGCCGCUGCCCGCGCUUCUCGCAGGAGCGGGAGCCGCAGCCGCCUUCGGAGUGGGUGCCCGAGCCUGGCAGCGCCGCAGGUGAGGGGGUGCGGGCAGGAUGGACCUCCCUCACCUCAGGAGUACUACCGACCUCCCCAAGCACAUCCUGGAUAUCUGGGUCAUCGUGUUGAUCAUCCUGGCCACCAUCCUCAUCAUGACAGCGCUGGUGCUGUGCCCGGCCACCGCCGUCAUCAUCUACCGAGUCCGGACACACCCCACGCGCAACGGCAUCGUGUGAGCCACGGGCACGGGGGCACGGCCAGCUCGCUGGGCUGCACGGGGGCUACGGCCAUGGCACCCCGUGCCAGGCACCUUGACAGGGCACCCUGAGAGCUGGAGCCUGGCCAGGAGCUGGAGUGGGCCAGCACCCGGACCUGCUCCUGUAGCUGGCUCUCUCUGGGUACCCACUGCUCAUCUUGCCCACUGAGCUCACGGGGACUGUGGGAGAAAUGCCAGCGUGGGCAGCAGUGGGGAGAGGUGUGACUUUGAGGACACAUCCAGCUGGAAAUAUCUCACUCCCGUGAGGGAGGCAGGCUGGUCUCGCCUUCACUGGUGACACUGUCUCCUCCCAGGCAAGCAGCAAGGAGUGGAAAUGCCUGACAAAGUUAUUUCUUCUUUGGAGUCUCAGCUGUCAAGGUGGUUGGGGAAGAAACCGUCAAAGCAAGAUGGAUGUGGCUUCUGGUUGUGCAUUUAGUGCUUGGCUAAAAGCAUCAGUGACAGAGCUUGUGCUGGCUGCACAGCAGAUGUGCAGCUGGCACCAGCUUCUCCUCUACCCAUUAUCUGCAGAAAUGGGAGGAAAAUCCUGCAGGACUCUUGGUUCCUCUGGGUCUUGUGGGGCAGAGGAGUGUGUGCAGUUCCUGCCAGCCCCCCUGUCUGCACGCUGGCUGCGCUCCCCACUCAUGGUAGUGAGAGCUCCCACUGUUUGCCCAGCACACCAGCCCUGCUGGGGAGUCUGUGCCUGCCUCACCUGGGCAGGUAAAGCGGGAGGAGCAGGUUUGUGCCCAGCCAGUGGCAAGGGAUCACGUAAGCUCUUUGUUAUGAAAUAAAUGGACUUUAUCCUUCA